AUGACUAGACCUGAUAUCACCUAUGCAGUACAACAAUUAUCUCAGUUUGUUAGUGCUCCUCUUGAUACACAUUGGACUGCAGCUGUUCAUGUUGUGAGAUAUCUCAAAAGUUGUCCUUCCCUGGGAUUAUUCUACUCCUCUCAGACUUCACUUUCUCUACAAGCUUAUAGUGAUGCAGAUUGGGGAUCUUGCCAAGACUCUAGGAGGUCACUUACUGGAUAUUGUGUGUUUUUGGGGUCUGCUCUUAUUGCAUGGAAGACUAAGAAACAAGUUACAGUUUCUAGGAGUUCAGCAGAAGCUGAGUACAGAGCAUUAAGCAGUACUGUAUGUGAGCUACAAUGGUUGUCUUUUCUUCUACAUGACCUGGUUGUUUCUGUGGAUGUACCAAUUCCCCUCUGGUGUGAUAAUCAAGCUGCCUUGCACAUUGUGGCAAACCCGGUGUUCCAUGAAAGAACCAAGCACCUAGACAUCGAUUGUCACCUGGUGAGGAAUCAGUACAAGGCCGGUUUUGUUAUUCCUAAGAAGAUUUCUUCGGCUCUUCAACUUGCGGAUAUUUUUACUAAGUCAUUGGGUGUCUCCGUUUUUAAUGCACUUCGGUUCAAGCUUGGCCUUAUCGAUCUUCAUCACGUGCCAAGCUUGAGGGGGGGCUGUUGA